AUGAUGAGAUCUGAUGAUGAGACUGCCGGUAGAGCAUAUUCAGCCGAAGAUUACUUCGAAGCAUUGUGUGCUGAAGAGGAGAACGUCCAUGCCAAUUAUGGUGAAUUGAAAAAAAUGGUAUCUAUUUUGAAAGAUUUGACAAAUGAAGAUAGUAGUGAUGAAGAAUUGAUAUCCAAAUUGAAAGAAUUAGAGAAGGUCCAUUAUGCUGUAAAAAAAAGUACCGCCGAUUUGAAAUUUAGUAAAUUUAAAGUGAGGAAUACAGAAGUGAACGUCAUUGAAAAUAGUAAAUUAAAUGGAAACAAUGACUAUCAACAUGAUUUAAUAGGAAAUAAAAUCAAUGAGGUAGAAAAUAUUAAAGAAUACAUAGAGACCAUUGAGAAUUUAAAUUCUGAUUUAAUGAUAUAUACAAACUUGUUAGGAAGACUAUCUGUUGGUUUAAUACAACAAGUACAAGUUUCAAAUACUGAGAAUAGUGAAAUAAUGAUUAAUGACUACCCCCCUCCUGAAGAAAUAGUUUCGAUAUUAGAGAAGUUUAAUACAGAAACAACAGAAACUGAUGAUUUGCGUGGACAAUUGGAUGAUUACUUACAGAAAAUAAAAAUGGAUCGUGCGAAAUAUACAUUAGAGAAUGAGUACUUAUUAAAAGAUUCAUUGCUUACAUUGAGUAAAGAGGUGAAUUACUGGAGAAAAGAAUAUGAUAAUUUAGAGAUGCUAAUGUUCAGCGAUGGUCCAAACACCAUUAUGAAGAUGAUGAAGAACGUAGAUUCGCUAAGAUUAAAGGUAACUGGUUCAGAUUCUUUUAAAUAA